GACAGCCCAUGAAGCCGCCUGCGCCUGUGGGCGGGACUGAGAGGGGUCCUUUCAGGACAGGACCCGCCCCUUGCCGGCAGCGUCCUGUCACUCGGGACCGGACCUUGACGGGAGCUGGUUCUACGCGGACACCUCCUGAGGUUUCAGAAUGGCUUCCAUCUUGAGUUACACAUUUAAAACCCUUCCUAGUACAUCAAAAUGGGCUCUCAGAUUUUCUGUAAGAUCUUUGAGCUGUUCUUCCCUGCUACAAGCUGCCCCAGCUGUCCAGACCCAGUCAAAGAAGACCUUGGCUAAACCCAAUGUAAGAAAUAUUGUGGUGGUGGAGGGUGUCCGCAUUCCAUUUUUGCUGUCAGGCACUUCGUAUAAAGACCUGAUGCCACAUGAUUUGGCUAGAGCAGCACUUUUGGGGUUGUUGCAUCGGACCAAUGUUCCAAAGGACAUUGUUGAUUAUAUCAUCUUUGGCACAGUUAUUCAGGAAGUGAAAACAAGCAAUGUGGCUAGAGAGGCUGCCCUGGGAGCUGGCUUCUCUGACAAGACCCCUGCUCAUACUGUCACCAUGGCUUGCAUCUCUUCCAACCAAGCCAUGACCACAGCUGUUGGACUGAUUGCCUCUGGCCAGUGUGAUGUGGUUGUGGCUGGUGGUGUCGAGUUAAUGUCCGAUGUCCCUAUUCGUCAUUCGAGGAAAAUGAGGAAAAUGAUGCUCGAUCUCAAUAAAGCCAAGACAAUGGGCCAGCGACUAACUUUACUCUCUAAAUUCAGGUUGAAUUUUUUGACACCUGAGCUCCCUGCUGUGGCUGAGUUCUCUACCAGUGAGACCAUGGGCCAUUCUGCAGACCGACUGGCUGCUGCCUUUGGUGUGUCUCGAAUGGAACAGGAUGAAUAUGCAUUGCGCUCUCACAGUCUGGCCAAGAAGGCACAGGAUGAAGGACACCUUUCUGAUGUGGUACCCUUCAAAGUACCAGGAAAAGAAACAGUGACCAAAGAUAAUGGCAUUCGUCCUUCCUCACUGGAACAAAUAUCCAAACUAAAACCUGCAUUCGUCAAGCCCUAUGGCACAGUAACAGCUGCAAAUUCUUCUUUCCUGACUGAUGGUGCUUCUGCAAUGCUGAUUAUGGCAGAAGACAAAGCUCUGGCCCUGGGUUAUAAGCCAAAAGCAUAUUUGAGGGAUUUUGUGUAUGUAUCCCAGGAUCCAAAAGAUCAGCUAUUACUUGGACCAACAUAUGCUACUCCAAAAGUUCUAGAAAAGGCAGGAUUAACCAUGAAUGAUAUUGAUGCAUUUGAAUUUCAUGAAGCCUUCUCAGGUCAGAUUUUGGCAAAUUUUAAAGCCAUGGAUUCUGAUUGGUUUGCACAAAACUACAUGGGUAGGAAAAGCAAGGUUGGCUUGCUUCCUAUGGAGAAGUUUAAUAUCUGGGGUGGAUCGCUGUCUCUGGGUCACCCAUUUGGAGCCACGGGCUGCCGGCUGGUCAUGGCAGCUGCCAACAGAUUGCGGAAGAAUGGAGGCCAGUAUGGCUUAGUGGCUGCCUGCGCAGCUGGAGGGCAGGGCCAUGCUAUGAUUGUAGAAGCUUAUCCGAAGUGAUUGAUCUAGAAGAGGAAACCUGGUUUCUGUGCAGCACUUGCACUGGGCAAUGCCAUUUCAAUGCAUUACUAAGUGACACCUGUAGUUCCUAGAUCCUCAUAGGAAAAUGAUAUUUGUGGCCUUCUGUUGAAUACUUUGCAACUAAGCCUUGCCAGUGUUCUGAGCUUUUCAGUAAUCACAGCUUACUGUUCUUUCAGGGAUUUCUAAGUUACCAGAUAUCACACAGAUAUGUUAAGCAUCUGUUUUUGAUCUCUUGUCAUUGGACACUAAACAAGUGGUUGCAGUUCGGAAAAGAGGUAGCUGAUAUUUGGAACCAUCUUUAUAACAUUUGCAAAUUGUAGACUUGUUCCUAUCUGUGUCCUAAAGAUAAUUAUUUUCUUUAAAGUACAAACCAAUGUGCCUAUAUUAAUUAUAGAAAAUAAUUCAUAAUCUAAACAUCACUGAAAACUUUAAAUGUUUAGAUAUAAGAACACCAUGUUGGUCAACCCUAAUAAAGUAGAGAAGUAUUGGA